UCUCCAGGAGCUGUCACCCUCUCCCCCCCUCACUGACAUACAAUACCACACGCACACACACACACGGAGCAGCUCGAGCCCCAGUGGAGACGCUGCUGACGCUCAGCUCGCUCCACCGACAACACCAAGUCACGUUCUGUUCUUCUCUGGCGGAACCCGAGAGCGAAAGCCCUUUAGGAUUAUAUCUAUCCCGUAUGAUAUGUGGAGCUGAACGACCGGUCGUGACGGAGGAGGCGAGGGGAAAUAUUUUUUAAAAAGAGCGAAAGGGAGAAAAGAAAAGGUGGUGUCCUCCCAUCAGAAACACACUGAGACCAGCUUGACAGCACAGGACGGAAGGAGGGAGCGAGAGAGAGAGAGAGAGAGAGAAAGCGAGAGAGAGAGAGUCGACAUCUGUGAAUCACAUCAAGGCAGCUGUGGUUAGAGUGUACUGCAGUUAUUUUACGAACGAGAGGCAGAGAGGGGGACAGAAGUGGAGAGAAGGAGAGAGAAGGACAAAAGGAGAGGGGGCCUGGGUGAGUUUCCAAGCCCAGGACGGUGAACCCUGAUCGGGGGGGUCUUUCAGGCGACAGUGGGGUUAGACCAGGCCUCUGGAUUUCCUUUGGAGAGAUGAGGACCUCUGAGAAGACAGUGUUUAGACACAGGUGAAAAUCAAAUGAAUCGUGACUCUAAUGGAUCCUGUGAUUACAACAUGGAUUGACCUUUUCUUCUUCUCAUCUGAAGGGAUAUUUUUUGUUUUUUAUUUCUGUGUGGAAAUGUGUCUAUUUUUUCUAAAUGAAUUUGGAGUUUCAAGUCUUUCUGGUGUGGAUUUUAAGGAGGCUGUUUAGUUGACUCUGUGGAUCUGAAACUGCCCCACUCAUCUGAAGGGAUCUAAACAAUAACUAUUUUGGCCUAGGAUUUCUUUCACAUAUCAUUUUUUGCUGGAGUUUUGUGUUUUUUUCAUGUAGUAAUUGAGACUGCUUUGUAACCUUGGUAACCAAGCGGUAACCAAGCGUCAACUGAGCAGUAACCAUGGCAGCAGCCUAUCGCGUGGUAGUGAGCAGUGUUAGUUGCUACAGCAGCGUGGUGGUGGACCGUCGGGCUCAGAGUCACGCGGUGCACUACUGCUCCGGGUCAUGUGGGGCGCUGUCCCAGGGACUGGACUGUACUGUGGUCCAUCGCAGCACCUGCUCCGAGCUGCUGACCGCCCCCUCACACACACACGCUCACACACACCCCGACCCCUCACACACAUUCACACACAACCUGACCCGAAACUCGAACUCUCCUCACCAAAUCCCCAGCAGCUGUAAAUUUAGUAUCACCACCUCUAUCGGGAGUUUUGGUGUUCCUAAUGAUCCUAACAGUGUGUAUGGUGUGGUGGGGGAGGACAGUCCUCCAUGGCGAGGUAAGAAGGCGAACACUACCACCACUACUACCAGCUCUGGUCCUGACCGGCCUCUCCAUAGCUCUGCCAGUCUAAAGGACAUCACAGGAGAAGCCAUCAACCUGGCCAGUGGCAAACUCAAAGAGUUCUCCUUCGAGAAGCUCCGCCUCUCCACCAGUCAUGUGACCUUCAGGAAAGGUCGCAAGGUCAGGCCGGACUCCUACAGCCGUCGGUCCACGGACCUCGACAUCGUCUAUGGACACUUCACCGGGAACGUCGGAGGAACGGGGAAUGGGACUAUUACCGGAAAUGGAAACGCCAAUGAUGAGAACCUGCCUCCUUUCAGCGACACCAUCAAGGUGCUCAAAGGCCUAUCGCCUGCUAGCAUCACCGCCGGGGGCGGGUCUCUAUCCACAACCAGCCUAUCCAGUGUCUCCAGGGCUGGGGGCGGGUCCACCAGUAGCCUAUCCAGCGCCUGCUCUGGUUCCUUGGAGGCGGGGCUAAACACAGUGGCGUCUCUCUACCUCAGCUCAUUAGCCGACGAGUCCCUCAUCGCCCGGUUACUGGAGAAGACCCGUGCAGGGGAGGAGGGAGGAGUGGGAGGAGCCGGGGGGGAAGACAUACGGGCCUGUCUGGACAUUCUGGUCAAGUGUUCAGAGGACUUGAAGAAAUGUACUGACAUCAUCAAGCAGUGUAUCAGUCGGAAGAGUCCCGGGGGAGGAGAAGAUGGGGGAGCCAGUCCAGAGAGCAUCUACAGAGCUGUGAUGACCAGACUGAGCUCCUAUCUGAGGAAACUGCCUCUAGAGCUGGAGGGGGCUGGGUUAGGGUUAGGGUCAGGGGCUGGAGGUCAAGGGUCAGGGAUUGGAGGUAAUAGCGAGUUGGCCGAGCUGGUUAGUAGUCUCCAUAUGCUGCAGCAAGCUGCUGUCCCCUUCUCACCCAUAUUUGGGAAUGAUCAACCGCCACGGUAUGAGGACGUUGUUCAGAACCCUCCCUUACCCAAGAGCAGGGAUAUACUGCCACCUUCGUCACUCGCUCCAGACUCUUCUCUCUCUUUGUCGACUACGCCUGAGACAGCAGGGAGACAUAAGGUUCAGACCAACGGGCUGCAGCACACACACACUCUGUCACACACACACUCUCCUUCACCGCACACACACACGUUGUCCGUUUCUACCCCUCCAACCCAGGCACACACACCUUCAUCGCAAACGCACACUCCGUCAGAGCGAACACACACUCCGUCAGCGCGAACACACACCCCAUCCAUCUCCCCCAUGGAGGCUCUCUUCAUUGAGGAGGAUGCAGACCUGGGAAGGGGGCUGAACAGGGCUUCCAGACACACACACUCACACACCCCGACCAGAAGCCUCACACACACUCACAGUCGGAACGGGACAGCUUUUAGUCCACACACACCCCCCAGCUCCGCGCACACACACCUCAGCCCCAAUCUGUCACACGUACACGUUACACACACACUCCAGUCUGCCGGUGAAGACCUCACCUGCCCCCCAACCUCCGAACACACCCCUCCUGUCACUCAAAGAGACGACGACAUCGACAGGCUUCUGAUGGACUUGGAGUGUCUGUCGCAGAGCAUGGGUCGGGAGAGAGACCGAGUCAGAGCGGGAGAGAGAGAAAGAGAGGCGGAGCCCCCUCUCCCUGUUAAGACCAGGCAGAGGAGAACAGGACAGGGGAACACCUCCCCACAAACCCAACCCUCUCUCCAGACACAAACCCAAAUCGACCCCCAAGCUCAAAGGCCUGUUCCUGUUAGCCACCUAACCGCUAACGCCCAGGCCACUAGGUCGACUCUUCUCCAGGCAGAGGGCAGCAUGGUGGGGCUGGGAGAUGAGGAGGACAGGGCCCUGCUGCUGAGGAUCCUGGAGAGCAUUGAGAGCUUUGCCCAGGAACUGGUGGACUCUGGGGGUAGUCCUGGGAACACUGGGAAGACUGGGACUCAGAGCAAAGAGAAGGAGGUGAUGAGACUACUACAGGACACUCUGGCUACUGCAGCCAAGGCUGACACUCUGACGCAGGCCAAACUACCUGGAUCUCCACCCGCUGGGCAAGAUGGACCUGUAUCCACGCCUGCACCCAGACUUACAUCUGGUGCUGUAUCCACGCCUGCACCCAGACAUACAUCUGGUGUUGUAUCCACGCCUGCACCCAGACUUACAUCUGGUGCUGUAUCCACGCCUGCACCCAGACUUACAUCUGGUGCUGUAGCCACACAUGCACCCAGACCUACAUCUGGUGCUGUAUCCACGCCUGCACCCAGACUUACAUCUGGUGCUGUAGCCACACCUGCACCCAGACCUACAUCUGGUGCUGUAUCCACGCCUGCACCCAGACCUACAUCUGGUGCUGUAUCCACGCCUGCACCCAGACCUACAUCUGGUGCUGUAUCCACGCCUGCACUCAGACCUACAUCUGGUGCUGUAUCCACGCCUGCACCCAGACUUACAGCUGGAGCUGUAUCCACGCCUGCACCCAGACCUACAUCUGGUGUUGUAUCCACGCCUGCACCCAGACCUACAUCUGGUGUUGUAUCCACGCCUGCACCCAGACCUACAUCUGGUGUUGUAUCCACGCCUGCACCCAGACUUACAGCUGGAGCUGUUCCUACAGCUCUACCUGUCUCUUCAGCUCCCACACCUGUCUCUGUUCCUGUCCCUGUUCCUGUCCCCACAACCCUAGCAGAGUCUUUCCUACCCACACCUGUUCCACCACCUACAGUCGUACCCACACCUGUUCCACCACCUACAGUCGUACCCACACCUGUUCCACCACCUACAGUCGUACCCACACCUUCAGAAGCAGCUGCUAGACGUGAACAUCCACCUGUAGCUGACCUGACAGCUGUACUUACCACCACGGCCACCCCUCCACCGGCUGUAACACCUGUCCCCUCCCCUGUCCCGCCCCCUACACCCUCCCCUGUCCCGCCCCCUACACACACACCUGGAGAGGCACCUGUUGCCGUGAGACACCCGAUUGCCCCUAGCGAUGUGGUUGCCCUGAGAGACAUCGGCUCGACGCUGCUCAUCCAGCAGACGCCCGAGGUGAUCAGAGUCCAGUCCAACAAGCAAGAUAAGAAAUCUGGCACCCCUCCUCCAGCCCCUCUCUCCCCCACCCCCUACGUUCCUCCCCCCCACCGCUCCCCCUCUCCUCCCCCCACUCCAGUCGUCCUCCCCCCUCCUCCUCCACCUCCCCCACCUCCCCCUGCCCUCAACAUUCCCCGCUUCUACUACCCUCGAGGGUUACCGGGGGCAACAAAAGUUAACCACGAUGCGGCCAUCACUGCCAUAGAAACAGCCUUCACAGAGUUUGAGGAGGAGAAGGCUGAUAUUUACGAGAUGGGCAAGAUCGCUAAGGCAUGUGGCUGUCCUCUGUACUGGAAGGCAGCCAUGUUUAACGGAGCGGGAGGAGAGAGGACCGGCUUCGUCUCUGUUCACUCCUUCAUCGCUACCUGGAGAAAGUAA